AGCAAAAGAUUGAGGACUGUAUAAUUCUGUAACCCCUGCACCUUUAUCCACAACCACAAAGCUUGAGCUUCUUCUCACUUCAACAACAUCUUACCCGAAAACUCAAAACAACAAACGCUCUCGCCUCUCAGAGAUGGCGCUGGCUUCUGCGACGGCGACGGCAAUGGCGUCCUCCGCCUUCAGUUUCCUACCAUGCUCUUCUUCUCCGACCCGUCUCUCUUACGCUUCAGUUCGAUUACCUCCAUCAAUCAAAACCAACUCGGUUAAACUCAGUUCUUCAGCUUGCAUUUCCACUCCAAUUUUUCAACCAAAGCUCUGCACCGUUACUCCUCCGUCGUCUCGCUCUCUCACCAUUGUAGCUGCUAAAGGCUACAAAAUGAAAACUCACAAGGCGUCGGCAAAGCGAUUUCGCGUGACUGGUAAAGGGAAAAUCGUGCGUAGGAGAGCUGGAAAGCAGCAUUUGCUGCAGAAGAAGAAUACCAAGAGGAAAUUGAGACUCUCCAAAAUGCACCCGGUUAACAGGAGUGACUAUGACAACGUAAUUGGAGCCUUGCCAUAUCUGAAAGUAAACAGAAAUGCUACAUAGAUGUCGUGUUUUCGAUCUGAGUCAUGAGCCUGACUGCACUUAGUCCAGUGACUUGUUACUUCUCCAAUUCCAUCUGAAAGAUUUUGUAUUUUUCAAAUGAAUUGAAGUAGUUUUUGUUAUUUGAGAUAUCAGUACCUCAUGAAAAUGGUACCAUUCCUGUAUUGUGUAAUAUUGUGUAUUUAUUCACAUUACCCUAUUGCAACUUUGUAUUCACUUAUUUCCAUCUUUCCUGUUUAGCA